GUGCAUAAAUAAUAAAUAAUGAGUUUUCUUAGGGGUGAGAAAAGCAAUCUAUAAAUGAAAUAAAUAAAUGAAUACAGCAGAGUCUCACUUAUCCAACAUAAAUGGGCCAGCAGAAUGUUGGAUAAGCAAAAAUGUUGGAUAAUGAGGGAUUAAGGAAAAGCCUAUUAAACAGCAAAUUACAUUAUGAUUUUACAAAUUAAGCACCAAAACAUCGUGCUUUAAAAGAAAUUGACAGAAAAAGCAGUUCAAUACAUGGUAAUGUUAUGUAGCAAUUACUGUAUGAAUUUAGCACCAAAACAUCGCAAUGUAUUCAAUACAUUGACUACAAAAACAUUGGCUACUAAAAAUUGACUAGAAAUAAAGAUAGAAUUGCAUAAAAUUUACAUAUAGUAACAACAUUGUCGAAAGUUAAAUCUGUAAAAAGUUCAGUCCUUGCUGCCUAGAGAAACAACUGUGGAUCUGAACAGGAGGCAGAGUGUGUUGGAUAAUCCAGAAUGUUGGAUAAGCGAAGGUUGGAUAAGUGAGACUCUACUGUAUCUUAUUUCUAUUUGAUGCUCUCAGCAAAGAUUCAAGUAGACUUCUUUAAAAUAACAUGUUUGCUUUACUCACAUCUUCAUGUAUGUAUAGAUACAGGUACAUUUCUUGUCAAGUUAAGCUUUAAAACAUUUCAGUUUGUAUCUUUAACUUAUAAUCUUUAGCAGUCUCUUCAAAACUAUAUUGCUUUGUACAGCUCUCUUUAAUAACAGUCUACUUCCAAGGAACUCAGGCCUCGACUGACUUCUAAUUUCCUACACUGGCUUCUGUACUCAAAUAGACUCAAGCAUCAACUGUCAUUUCUCAACUGUCAUCCUUUUAAACUGCAUUCUAAACAGGCACUGAACCAGUCACAUGGUCUGCAGCCCCUCCCACUGCCUCAAGUACAUAGAGCUAAGAAAACUGCAAACCAAAGACAACAUACACUUCAGGAAAUACACUUCUGUUAGUCUAUGUCAGUCCAUUUACCACCGUAGGCCACAUAAUCCAACCCACACGACUCUGUUGAACUUCAGGUUGUUCCACUGCCUUGAGAUGCCAGUACUUUAGUUCAGAAAAAGCAGCAGAAAACAACUCCAUGACUCCCAUGCUGAAACAUCUUGUGAUGAAGAUAAAGUCAACAGGCCCCAUUACAGUUGCUGAAUAUAUGCGUGAAGUUUUAACAAACCCUGUGAAAGGCUAUUACAUACAACAUGACAUGCUAGGAGAAAGUGGAGAUUUUAUUACUUCACCUGAAAUAAGUCAGAUCUUUGGAGAGCUAAUAGGCAUUUGGUUUGUCAGUGAAUGGAUAGCUAAUGGAAAGCCAAAUAAAUUUCAGCUGGUUGAACUAGGCCCAGGAAGAGGGAGUCUUACCAGUGAUAUUAUACGGGUUUUUAAUCAGCUGAAUUCUUUGCUUCAUAAAUGUGACAUUUCUGUUCAUCUGGUGGAGAUCAGUCCCAAAUUAAGUGAAAUUCAAGCAUCAGUUUUAACAGAAGGAAAGAUAAAAUUACAAGAGAGCUGCCUCGCUUAUAUGCAAGGACUUACUAAAACUGGGUUGCCAAUUUUCUGGUACAGAGACUUGAAUGAUGUGCCAGGAGGCUUCAAUUUUUAUUUAGCUCAUGAAUUUUUUGAUACUCUACCUAUCCAUAAAUUCCAGAAAACAGAAAAGGGGUGGCGAGAGUUGUUGGUUGACAUUGAUCCAGAAGCUCCUGACAAGCUGCGAUUUGUCCUUGCGCCAUCUGCUACUCCAGCUGCAGAAGCCUUCAUACAUGACAAAGAAUCCAGAGAUCAUGUGGAGGUGUCUCCUGAUGCUGGUGUCACUGUCCAGAAGCUAGCCCAUAAUACUGAGAAGAAUGGAGGGGCUGCACUCAUAAUAGAUUAUGGACAUGAUGGGACAAAAACAGAUACUUUUAGGGGAUUCCGUGGCCAUAAACUUCAUGAUGUAUUAAUAUCCCCUGGAAUGGCAGACCUCACUGCUGAUGUUGACUUCAGUUACCUGAGAAGAAUGGCUCAAGGAGUGGCUGCCUUGGGUCCUAUAAAACAACAGGAUUUUUUGAGAAACAUGGGCAUUGAUAUUAGACUGCAGGUUCUUUUACAAAAUGCCAAGGAUGCAAAUAAUCGCAAGCAGCUGCUCCGAAGUUACGAAAUGCUCAUGGACCUGGAUAAAAUGGGGGGCCGUUUCAACUUUUUUGCCAUGUUACCUUCCAAUAGAUUUGGGAGUUCAGACCAGGGAAGAAAACCAUCUGCUUCAGCAUCUGUGGCUGGAUUUGGUGAACUUGUAUGGAAGUGAAUUCCUGUCUUCCCACUUGAUUUUUAUUUCUCUGAUAAAGAUGCAGGCUUUCCAUAUGAUCCCCUGGGGAAACCGGUUACAAGCAGUUUCCUAUAAAAUAAUUGUGACUGGUUUUGUGAAAAAUCUACAUGUUCAGUCACAAUAUAACAUGUCAAAUAGAAAAAUAUGGUUCUGAUAGAACUUAAAGUUGACAGUAACCCCUGUGGGGAGGGUAAACAACACAUUCUGGUUGGGAAAAUGCAUCUUGAUCUCUCGUUAAGAGAUUAUGCAUGAUUGUACCAUAAAAAUAUUUAUUAAAGAUCUGUUUUUAUAAUCCUUUA